AAAAUUAUUUCAAAAUAUAAAAUACCAAAAAAAAAUAUUUUAUUAAGGAGAUUUUUUGCAUAGUGAGGGGAACAUGGCGCAGAUACAACGAGAUGAUGUAGAGUCCGUCACCAAGGAAACGACAGAGAAGAAGAUAUUAGACGGAGGAAGAGGCGGAGGAUCUUCUGCCUCUCAGGCGUCAUCGUUCAAAUUCAACGCUCAGGCACCGGAAUUCGUACCGCGAUCACACACCACCGCACUAACACCGCAGGUCUCUCCGAUCUCCGGUUACUUCUAUCCUUACUUCCACUACAACGACCUCUCCAUAGGAGGAUACAGUGGCGGUGGAGGAGGUUCUGGCGUAGAUUCUUAUUCGUCAGACUGGAUCUUCGUCGGAGGAGGAGAUACCGUUCAGCAUCAAGACAUUCAUGAUCCGACGGCAGCGUUUUACGUUUCGAAUCCGGUGGUUCAGUUUCCGGCGAAUCAGAACUUGUCUUCUUCGUCGAAGAGUUUGCUCUCCGACGAUCUUCGCCUUAAGAUCGUGAAACAGGUUGAGUACCAGUUCACGGACAUGAGUCUCCUAGCCAAUGAGUCCAUCUCAAAGCACAUAAACAAAGACCCUGAAGGUUAUGUGCCAAUAUCUUAUAUCGCUUCGACCAAGAAGAUCAAGGCUUUGACAAGUCAUCAACACUUAGUUGUAUUGGCUCUACGCUCCUCUUCUAAGCUCGUUGUGAGUGAAGACAGCAAGAAAGUUAAGCGUAAAACUCCAUUUACUGAUCGAGACAAAGAGGAAUUACAGGGCCGGACUGUUGUUGCAGAGAAUUUGCCAGAUGAUCACUCUUACCAGAACCUCGAGAAGAUCUUUGGAGUUGUCGGAAACGUUAAGGCAAUUAGAAUAUGUCAUCCUCCAGAGUCCAACACCUCACGUCCAAAAGGAGAUUUCUUGAUGAGCAACAAAAUUCACGCACUUAUCGAGUAUGACCACACUGUCGUCGCGGAUAAAGCUGUGGAGAAGCUGAGCGAUGAAAGAAACUGGAGGAAAGGACUUCGUGUUAGGCUGCUUCUUAGAUGCUCGCCCAAAUCAGUGCUCAAGCACAGAAGAAACUUUGAUGGCAUCCUCAUAGAUGAUGAAAAUCCUUAUGAAUCAGGAGAAGACUCUCCACGUCUCCAUUUAACAGAACAACACGUUGAUAACGACGGUGAUGACAACAAUAUUGGUGGACUGUGGGGAAAAGGGAGAGGAAAAGGACGAGGACGAUCUCCUAGAAGCUAUGCAGUAGGAGGAGGAGGACGUAGCUCCGGGGUCGGGCUCGGGCUUGGACUCAGCAUCGGCUCGAUGACGCCGAGCCUUGGCCUGCAUGAAUCUUCAUCUCCCAAAACAGCUACAAAGGGACCAAGAAUGCCUGAUGGAACCAGAGGCUUCAACAUGGGACGUGGCAAAACCUUCAAUCUCACUGUCACCUAACAAUCUCUAAAUACUUCUCUACCAACAACGACUACUUCUGAUUAUAAUUAAAGAGGUAAAAGCUAUAGAAUUAACCAAAUAAUACAUGUGGGUUUUGAUAUGGGUUCAUAUAAGCAAGGACAUCACUUUGUGAUAGUGUACGAACUAUAAAAGCAUGGUGAAGCUUUUGAGGGUUUCUUACUUCUUUAUACAUUUUUUUUUAAUCCUCCCGUGUUCUUUUUGUAUGUUUUGAUAUAUUUAUUUUUGUGAGAUUAUUUUAAUAAUGACGGGUUAUAGCACAAUGAUCAUUGAC